AAUCAAAAAAGAUACAAAAUGGCUGCACUUGUGAUCGGGCUUCGAGUGAGGUUGCAUCGCUGCUAGGAGCUAUGACUACCCGCAAUAAUUGCCAAGCCGCAAAUUAAGUAAAAAAGAAAGUGACAGUUUGUUACAUCGCUUGUCUCGCCGUACGAAUAUUUAAGUUUUAAAGUGUUGUUAAGUGACAUUUGUCGCGUAAAUUGAGGAAAGAAAAUCCUUUCCCCACAUUAUUCUCUGUCGCGUACGGUGGGGCCUAUUUUGUUCGUUUCCCGUAGUUUUUUUCAUUCAUUUUGUUGGGUUCCCCGCGCGCGCACAUCUUGCGAGUGUUUUGAUCAUCGCCGACAUCAUCAUCGCCAAUAGAUUUUCUUGUAGUGGUAGCGCUGGUGGGGCACGGUCUCGUUUUUGUACGCGGACUCCAAUUUUCGUGGUGUUUUAUUUUUCCUGUAUUUUCAACAUACCGUCAUCCUGGUGUGCCGCGACCGUGCCGUCGCAGACGUCGCGUUUACAUAAUUUCCGCGAGAGGCCUGUGGAGAAAAGGAAAAGGAAGCAGCGAGGAAGCGAAAAGUCGCCAGCAAGCAGGCAUUCAAUGAACGUGUAAAAAGUUUCGUGUUCGCCGACCAGCUAGCAUUCAGUGUGUGGGGCCGUCCGUCAUCCAUCGCCUUCGAAGUCGUCUUCGUGCUCGCGGGGCAUUUGUGGGGCUUGCACUCAGCCAAGUCAGUCUAUGCGAGGGGGCAGUAGUUCGCGAAACUUUCGCGCAGGGAAGAAAGUUCUCUUUCUCGUCAGUGUUCGUGUGCCCUGUCCGUGUUCCGUGCGUCCUGGGAGGCGAGUGAAAACAACAAUAAAGCAGAAGGAAAAAGGCGAGGGCAGGUCGAGUGUAGUGCACGCCAGAAACGCUAAGUUUUCUCGACUUUUCCCCGGAUCGGUUCAGUGAGUUUUCAGUUCGGUUGCAAGUGCUCCCAUCGCUCUGCAGAAAUGUCGGCGGAACGUGAGAUCCCCGCGGAGGAUAGCAUCAAAGUCGUCUGUCGAUUUCGGCCCCUGAACGACAGCGAGGAGCGAGCCGGAUCGAAGUUCAUUGUGAAAUUUCCCAACAGCAACGAGGAGAACUGUAUAUCGAUAGGAGGCAAAGUGUAUCUAUUCGACAAAGUAUUCAAACCUAACGCUUCACAAGAAAAGGUCUACAAUGAGGCAGCUAAAUCCAUUGUAUCGGACGUCCUGGCAGGAUAUAACGGCACUAUUUUUGCAUAUGGUCAAACAUCAUCCGGUAAAACACAUACAAUGGAAGGUGUUAUCGGUGAUCCACAUAAACAGGGUAUCAUUCCACGUAUUGUCAACGAUAUUUUCAAUCACAUUUACACGAUGGAAAUGAAUUUGGAGUUUCAUAUUAAAGUCUCCUAUUACGAAAUUUAUAUGGACAAAAUUCGAGAUUUGCUCGAUGUAUCCAAAGUUAAUUUGAGCGUGCAUGAAGACAAAAAUCGUGUACCGUAUGUGAAAGGAGCAACAGAACGUUUUGUAUCUAGUCCAGAAGAUGUGUUUGAAGUAAUUGAGGAGGGAAAAUCGAAUAGACAUAUUGCUGUGACAAACAUGAACGAACACUCUUCUCGUUCCCAUUCAGUAUUCCUUAUUAAUGUUAAACAAGAAAAUUUAGAAAAUCAAAAGAAACUAUCUGGCAAACUGUACUUGGUCGAUUUGGCAGGUUCCGAGAAAGUAUCGAAAACUGGUGCCGAAGGUACAGUGCUUGACGAGGCUAAAAAUAUUAAUAAAUCAUUAUCUGCGCUUGGCAAUGUGAUCUCUGCUCUGGCCGAUGGCAAUAAAACCCAUAUACCGUAUCGUGACUCAAAAUUGACAAGAAUUUUACAAGAAUCUCUUGGAGGUAACGCACGAACAACAAUUGUUAUAUGUUGUUCGCCAGCUAGUUUUAAUGAAGCUGAAACGAAAUCAACCCUUGAUUUCGGACGACGAGCCAAAACGGUUAAGAAUGUUGUAUGUGUCAAUGAGGAACUUACCGCUGAAGAAUGGAAGCGUCGGUAUGAAAAGGAGAAAGAGAAGAGUGCCCGCCUUAAAGGCAAAGUGGAGAAAUUGGAGGCUGAAUUGGCCAGAUGGCGUGCUGGUGAAACUGUUACUGUAGACGAACAGAUCAACCUACAAGAGAUUAUGGAAGCCAGCACACCGAAUGUCGAAAUCGAAAUACAGGAAACCGCCCCAGUUGCUGCACCCAUUCCGGCAACACCAAGUGGACUUAUGGUUGGUUCAAUUAGUGCUGACGAACGUAUGCGCCUUGAGGCGGAGCGUGAACGACUAUACCAACAAUUGGACGACAAAGAUGAGGAAAUUAACCAACACAGUCAACUUGUUGAGAAGCUGAAGGAGCAAAUCGAGGAUCAAGAAGAAUUGAUUGCAAAUGCCCGUCGAGAAUACGAGGCCCUGCAAUCAGAAAUGACAAGAAUUCAACAAGAGAAUGAGAGUGCUAAGGAAGAAGUUAAGGAGGUCCUUCAAGCUCUCGAAGAAUUGGCUGUUAACUAUGAUCAAAAAUCACAAGAAAUUGAAACCAAGAACAAGGACCUCGACUCUUUGAAUGAAGAAAUCCAACAGAAGCAAGGUCUUCUGAAUUCAGCUACGUCGGAAUUACAACAGCUCAAGGAUAUGUCAGCACAUCAAAAGAAACGCAUCAAUGAAAUGCUUUCGAAUUUGUUGCGAGAUCUUUCCGAAGUCGGACAGGCUCUAUGCACAGAUAGUACCAGUGAUAUGAAGAUGAACACACCCGACCCAAGUGGUAAAGUGGAAGAGGAGUUCACCGUGGCACGAUUGUAUAUUAGCAAAAUGAAAUCAGAAGCUAAAAAUAUCGCACAAAGAUGUCAAAAUUUGGAAUCAUCACAAUCCGAUUCAAAUAAGAAAGUUUCGGAGUAUGAGAAGGAUUUGGGCGAGUGCCGUUUGUUGAUUUCACAACAUGAGGCGCGAAUGAAAUCGUUGCAGGAAUCAAUGCGAGAAUCUGAAAAUAAGAAACGCACUCUUGAGGAACAAAUGGAUGCUCUUCGGGAAGAGUGUGCUAAACUGAAAGCAGCCGAACAUGUUUCUGCAAUCAACGCUGAAGAGAAACAGAAGGCAGAAGCGUUACGUGCAAUGUUCGAUAGCCAAAUGGAUGAGUUACGUGAUGCCCACACAAAACAAUUGGCCGAACUUCGUGAUGAAAUUUCCGCCAAGCAAGAGGCUAUGAACGAGCUUAAAGACAUUAACCAAAAACUCACAUUGGCCCAUCAACAAAUGAGCGCCGAUUACGACAAACUCAAACAAGAAGAAGCGGAGAAAUCAGCCAAACUCCAAGAUAUCAUACUUACAAACGAACGCCGUGAACAAGCACGUAAAGAUCUCAAAGGUUUGGAAGAUACCGUUGCAAAGGAGCUGCAAACAUUACACAAUCUUCGAAAAUUGUUUGUCCAAGAUUUACAGGCUCGUAUUAAGAAGUCUAUCACCGCUGAAGAUAACGAGGACGAUGGCGGGUCAUUGGCGCAAAAACAAAAGAUCUCAUUCUUGGAAAAUAAUUUGGAGCAAUUGACAAAGGUGCAUAAGCAAUUGGUGCGUGAUAAUGCUGACCUGCGAUGUGAAUUACCAAAACUAGAGAAGCGUCUGCGUACAACAAUGGAACGAGUCAAGGCUCUAGAAACUGCCUUGAAAGAGGCCAAGGAAGGUGCAAUGCGUGAUCGUAAACGCUAUCAAUAUGAGGUGGAUCGUAUUAAGGAGGCAGUACGGCAAAAGAAUUUGGCACGACGUGGACCACAAGCACAAAUUGCAAAACCCAUCCGAGCUGGUCAGGGGCAUAUAGUGGGUGUACGAGGUGGACAACCUGUGGGUGCUAAUCCAGUCAUGUCACAAAACUAAAUUAUUACCUUCAAAUAGUGCAUAGAGAACGAGAUGUGUGUGUGCAAAAUGUACAAUGCAAAUUCCGCUAACAAUCUCGCGAUAUAUUGUUAAACUGUUUCAAACUACAUCUACAUAUAGACAAAAAGGUGAAUUUAACGGAAAAUACAUAAAUAUAUAGAACAAGCAAAAAAGAAUUUGAUCUAUUAGGCACUGUCUCUUAAAGAGUUUCAUCCGGACAUACGUUGUUAAAAUAUUCAUUUUUUAAGGCUUUUUAUUUAAAUUUAACUUCUACACGUUUCUACAGUGCAAUUACUUAACGAAAAGAAGAACAAAAUAGUUUUGUUUUUUGUUUUUUCUUCUUAACAAUUCCCAUGUGAGAUGAGAAAUUAUAUUAUUCAUCAAUGAUAUUUGAAAACGAUUCAGAAAAAAAGAUAAAAAAUACAUUUUCUAGAAAAGAUUAUACUUAAGAAUAUAAGCAUUUACAAUUUAAUAAGAGGUGAUUAGUUUUGGGUCAAUAAAACAACAAAAUGUUAAUAUUUUACGAGCUUGGAUCAUGAAUGCGAAAAAGAAGAAAGAAAUGUUUCCAAGGCUGUUCAGUGAUGAUUUCCUUUUUAUAUUGUUUCCGAAUUGAAUUUAGAGUGAUCGAUUGUCCCAAAAAUUAUAAUUUUUUGUAAAGUGCCUUCGGUACGUGGGAUAAUAUUCUCUUUUCUCAUUUGGAAAGAUUUGGUUUUCGAACGUGAAUGCAAAACAGAGCGGACAGCCGCGCAUGGAAAUCAAAAUGGUUUGGUGAUAAUUUUCAAAAUGCUACCCAGAACCUAGUUUUCUUAUGUUUUUAUGUUUUAUUGAUGUUGGAUCAAUAAAAACUUUAAAAAAUUGUAGGAAAACGUCACAGUUGGAACGUAACUUUAAUAAAACGUAGUAUGAGGAAAUCUAAAUUAUUUUUACUUGAAAUUGUAUUAUAUAAAGUGCUUUUAACGCUUUAAAAUGUUCGCAGUGCUAUUAUUGCUAAUUGAAACAAAAGAUAAUAUAUAUACAAUGAAAAUAGCUGUCAAGUCAUAUUUAGUAAACAAAACAAUAAAAAAAAAUUUUGAAUAAUGUCUCUGAUGUCCACUAGACGAAAAUUUAUCCGUAAAUAGACCUUUUCAACAUUUCGAUGGAACAACUAGAAAAACUGACAGAAAGAAAUUAUUGAAAACAGAGUUCUUAUUCCAAUAACUAGAUUAAGGCCUGUCUGAACACCAUUAUUAAAACUGAAACUUUGAAACUGCAGAUCAUUUCUAUAAAUUCAAUAGAGCGAGUAUCGAAUGUUAACUUUUCUUUGACCCAUUAAUUUUAUACCCCAUAGAUUUGUAAUUAAAUGAAAUUGUAGAAACAUAUUACACCGAAAAUAAUGAUAUAAAACAACUUAUAAUUUAUUAUACACAAAUGUAAUGAUUUGCUCCACAUUUUUCACGGAAAAAUGUCUAAUGCACCCGCACUUUUCAUCAUACUUGACUUUCAAAUUAGAAUAUUUUUUUAUCAUACGAAUAAAUUAUUUUUAUAAUUAAAAGUACUUGCCCCAAUCAAUUUCCCCGAAGAUGAGUUUUAUUUGAAAUAAGUUUCCCUCAUCCCCUUCGCUUAUAUUUAAUAUAUCUGGAAGUUUGAUUAUUGCACCUUCCCUUAGUUAUAUAACUAUAAUUAUUUAAAAUAUUUCUAAAUGAUAGCUUCCUGUGACUUUGAUUUUAUUCACUUUAAAGAGCAUAGUUUAUAUCUAAUUUCUAGCAUUAGCCGCAAAUUAAAUACACACCCACACCUAGUAGGAACUUCGUAAGGACAAUUUCUAUUUUGCAACUAAAAGUAAAUAUAAAUUUAUAAAAAAGAAAAAGCAUAUUCAAAAAGUAAUAAUACUUUCCGUAGCUAGAUAGCUAGGCGUAUGUAUACAUACACAUUUAAUUUCUAUUUAAUAAUAAAGUUUAUUUUUUAUUAUGACAAAGCAAAUUCAAUGUCUUCGUCUUUAUUUAUUUAUUGAUUUUUUAUGCUAUAUAUACAAAAAUAUGGAAAAAAAAUAAUGUAAAGAAUCAUGGAGACGUAGGCAACAUUCAAUAUUGAUCGAUUUUGAGAUAAAAAAAUACCAGAUCCAAAUUAAUGAUUAUAAAAAGUAUAUUUUAGGACACAACCUUAAAAAGAGAAAACGAUAAACAUGAUCAAAUCAAAUUAAGUGUACGUGCUACUAAAAAAUGGAAAUGAGAAAAUUAUAAUACUCUGACCAGCCUGAAAUCAGUUUAAAACGAAACAUUAAAAUUGAAAUAUACAGAUAAAUUUAAAAGGGGAA